UAUCGGUGAAUUACGGAAUUGAUCAAUGGAAGUAACGCAGUCCCAAGAGUUAAUCAUUCGAGACCCUAUACAAUCCAACCACCGUAACCGACUUAGCGAUGCGGGCCUGGUUUUAAAUCGCCUGUCUUCCAAUUUGAUACGUUACUGACAUCCCAGCCUUUCUAUUUGUGUUCUUUGACAUCCAGAUUUCGACGCUUCUUUACGGCUGAUCUUGGGGUAUAUGAUAUCCGAAUCGAUUUCCGCGCGCAGCUUUCGUUGCUGCUCCAUCAUACACUGAAUGUGACUUCCCUCAUCAUCUAGACAUGCAGCCAUACAUAUAUUGCCAUCCUCAGCUUCAGUCCUCCCAUACACACAUCAUGAGUCCCUACAUCCAUUCCCACUCUCCCGAUAGCGUCUAUUCUUCCGACGGCUUAUACUCUCCUCCCGAACGUUACCAGCCAAAGUACGAGUCCUCUGAGACCGUACCAAGGUUCAACUCAUGGUCAGCCUAUAGUCAUAUUUCAAGCCUUUUACGUGCUCCGCACCACGUUCCGUCCAUCAAUCCUAAAGUCACAAUUUUAACGACACAACCAUCCCUGUCCUCUGACGUUAACACCCCUUCGUCUGCAUCGACGCAGUCAUUACAGACACCGUCCUCCCCCUUUGUCCACGAGUACCCUGACACUCGGGAAGACAUGGAUUUUGAUGAAUCUGACUCCGAAGAUGAGGACGCCGAUUUUGACAUCGAGGAGAUGGACGGGAUCGAAGAAGAAACCAUGUCAUUUUACGGUGUAACCGUGCCCCAAGUGAUGAAAUCUACCUCCGCGCUCGAAGGCGCGUUAGGGGACAGUUCACGGUCAUCUGGCCCUUGGUGGCCGCAGCCAUCGUCGUCAUACAUACUUUCAGAUCGACGAAUGUCCGUGUCUGCGCCUGGGUAUCCUAUCUCGUCUCAUCGACAAAUUACCUCACAUGCACAACGACGGCAGGACAGUGAUAUGUAUUCCCCAAGACCUCAUAAUGAUUCAUUACCAGCAUCACCUUCAUACCCUCAUCACAGCUCUUCACAUACCCACGACAGCUCGAGUUCAAUGACUGCAUUAUUCGCACCCACUUCCGCAUUGUACCAAAAUUCGUCAUCUUCUCUAGCCGAUGCAAUUCCACUUAGCCUUACACCUGGAGCGACACGAAAUCCAUCUACCCAUCUGCCCAUUUUGCAACCGCAACCAAUCCGCCCAAUCCCCCCCAUUCCUUUGGACGAAUUAGCAUCGUCCGCUGCCGAGGUUGAAGAGUCUGUCUUUCCAGACGAAGGGAUUCGUAGACCUCAGGAGCGGAGUCUUUCGCCUCUUCCUCUUCUUUGCCAACCAGUCUCCGAUGCCGUGAGGUAUCAAUUGAGCGCAAACCCUAGGAACGCUCAGGGUGACGGGGAGCCAUAUGAUCACCAUAUUACGGCGGAGCCGUCACCUAGAGCUUCUAUUCAAGCCCAUCAUUUUAACCCGGCUUACCCCCGAAACUGCUCAGGAGCUACGCACACUCCGAUGUGUACUUGUAGGCGUGAUAGGAAAAUGAGUAGGCGGUGAUUUUUUUUUAUCAUGUCAAUUGUUCAUGUUGUGAUGUUGUUCAUGAUAAGGCUUUACUUGGAUAUUUGAUCAGGCUUAGUAACUAGAUAAACUAUAUAAUUGAACCGGGCGUAGUUUAUUGCAUGUCUUCAUUUCAUUCGGGGCUCGUUAAUAGUUGCUUAACCUAGUGAUAUGGUGGAAACAAAACGUGAAUAAGCAAACCAACCAAAAGAGGGCUGAAAAAAAAACAAGGCAACUGAAGCCAAAGCGUUUCUGAAUCGUGCUGCAGGGUAACCUUUUAAUUAUUAUUA